UCGCUCUCUCUCUCAUAUAUAUAUAGCGACGCGAAUAUACAUAUACGGACAAUCUCUUGAAAUUAUUAUCUUGCCUUUCUUAAAUUCUUGAUAAAUCUUAGCUUAUUGGCUUUGUCUUUCUUCCAGAUCAUCUAUUGGUAGUUGUUAGGUUUUGUAAUCCGACAGCUUCGAAGUUGGAGACGAUGUCGAUGCUCGAUUCAUUCUUUAGCAAGGGUUUCAAGGCCGCCAAAUGUAAAACCUUGCUGAAAUUAACAAUCCCACGCAUAAAGUUGCUGAGAAACCGGAGGGAGGUUCAAAUAAAACAAAUGCGCCGAGACAUUGCCAAACUCCUUGAGACUGGUCAAGAAGCAACUGCUCGGAUUCGAGUAGAGCAUAUUAUUAGAGAAGAGAAAAUGAUGGCUGCACAGGAGAUCGUUGAGCUAUUUUGUGAACUUAUUUCUGUCCGUCUACCCAUAAUUGAAGCACAAAGAGAAUGCCCUUUAGACUUGAAAGAAGCAAUUUCUAGUGUGUGUUUUGCUGCACCAAGAUGUGCAGAUCUGCUAGAGUUGCUGCAGGUUCAAAUGUUAUUUGCUGCCAAAUAUGGGAAGGAAUUUGUAUCAGCUGCAACUGAACUUAUGCCUGAAUGUGGUGUUAACCGCCAGCUCAUAGAACUGCUAUCAGUUCGUGCUCCUGAUCCAGAUGUGAAACUGAAGCUGCUGAAGGAAAUUGCAGAAGAACAUGAGUUGGAUUGGGAUCCAGCUGCCUCUGAAACAGAACUAUUGAAGCCUCAUGAAGACUUGCUGAAUGGUCCAACUCAGUUUGUCAGUGGGUCCAAAUUGCCUCUUCCAAAGGAAAAACAUGAUGAAUCACUGAACUCUGCCUCAGAACAAGCCCUCAGUGAACAGUCAGAUCCAGACUCUGGCCUUGAAACAUUAGAUUUUCCUGAAGUUCCUAAGGUGCCUGUACAAACAAGUGUAGGCAAUGUUAGAACACCAGAAAUGCUUCCUUUCCCAGAAGUCAAUCUUGGAUCAGCAGUAGAUUCAGAUGCAAAUGGAAGUUCAUCAUACAAACCACACUUGGAGCCUGCUGAAACAUUUGUAGAGAAGUCUGUACCUGAUGGUACUGAAUCACCCAAAAUUCCUCUUGGUUCAACGGAAAAUAAACAAUUUUUGCCAUUCAUAGCUCCCCCAUCAACAUCUUCUGCAACAUUUUCUAUGGGACCAAGUCAACCUACUGUGCCCCCAUCAAGGACGAAAAGUGACGUCAUUGAUGAUUUGCAGGACGUGUUGGCUGCGGCUCAGGCUGCUGCUGAUACAGCUGAGCGUGCUGCAGCUGCUGCUAGAUCAGCAGCUAGCCUUGCUCAUCUCAGAAUAAGUGAACUUGUUAAGAAAAAGAGUGAGGAGAUUCCUGAGGAUAGCAUCGAAAAUCCCUUUCAUUCAGAUACAUACCAGUCUGUUGGAAUGAAUGAACCAGAACCACAUCUAUCUCACUCAAGCUCGUUAACUGAUACCGUGGACAUUUCAAAUCCUUCCACGCCACAUCAACAUCUGGAAAAUCCCCUGGUGAAGCAGGUGUCUAGUCCACCUUUGUAUGAAGAUCCCAAAGUGGAAUAUGAUCGUGAAGGUCCUCAUCUCGACCCUGCCCAUCACCCUCCUCAGAGAUUGACCUCUAUGGAUGAUGAAUCAUACUUGUCAUACCCAAACUUGUUUGGACGACAAGAUUCAGUUCCUGGAUCUGGAGUCCAUUGAUUUGCAGAUCAUUCCCGAUCCCCUCACUAGCUUUGAUUCGAUAUAUCUCCCAUCAAUCGCAUGCUUUUUAGCUAUGGUAAGCGGUUUUCUUAUAUUGGUCUCUUCCCAUGUCCUUUACAUUUUCAUCUGCAAAGUUAGGUGAUUAAACAUUUAAGUAGAUAGAAGUUUGUGCGUCAUGGCUGCUUCUGUGUCCAGGAAAAUGAGGGGGUGUGUUAUCCGCGGGGAUGGUGGAAAUGCGUUGCCAGGCAGUUCUUGUUCAUUUGAUGUAUAAAAAAUCCUUGUGUCUUGGAAAUAAAGCUUCUUUUCUGAUCUA